CAACGUUAACUCGCACCUUCUUCCACGCGAAUAGUCGGUGACCUUCUUUGGACGAGCGUAACGACAUUUUUUCUUUACUGUUGGUAAUAGCAACAGGUCGCCUGGUCUGUCGAUCGGAGAAAGGAGUCGGUCCCAAGUGCGAGAGAAACUUGCUGCGCAUAAAGAGAAUUUGAGGACGGGCUACUUAGUUUCUAUCGCUGUACAAUGCCUACUCGAGAUGAGAUUAACCAAGCACGCAUGGCGAACUUUAAGUUCCAUGGUAAACAUGAGGAGGCACGAAGAAGGAGGAAUGCAAUGUCGGUAGAGUUACGUAAGGCCAAGAAGGAAGAUCAGUUGUCGAAGCGACGUAAUUUCAAUACCGAGGAUCAACUAUUUAAUGCAGCGGAUCCAGCUACUACCUCAUCCCCGUUUUCGUCGAUAGAGGAAAUUGUGGACGGCAUAAACGCGUCAGAUGAAUCGAUGCAAUUCCUGGCGACUCAAACUUGCAGGAAACUGCUCAGCCGGGAGAAGAAUCCUCCCAUAAGCGCGAUGAUAGAGGGUGGCGUGGUCGAGCGUUGCAUUCAGCUCUUGGACUGCGAUCACAACAUAUCGUUGCAAUUUGAGGCGGCAUGGGUGUUAACAAACAUUGCUUCGGGUACGUCUGAGCAAACGCAAAACGUUAUAAAGUGCGGAGCCAUACCAAAGUUAGUAAGGCUGCUCAAGUCGCAGACGUCCAGUGUCGCGGAGCAGGCAGUGUGGGCUCUGGGAAAUAUAGCCGGAGAUGGACCUCAACCGCGCGAUCUUGUUCUUGGACACGAUGCUAUGCUGCUCUUACUUGAUCUAAUCAAGCCUGACAUCCCGGUGACGUUCUUGCGCAACAUUGUUUGGACCUUAUCCAACUUGUGUCGAAAUAAGAAUCCAGCCCCGCCGUUUGAAAUGAUCAAGCCUGCUCUUCCAGUAUUCAAUCGCCUGCUUAAUUACGACGACGAUGAUGUACUUGCCGAUACUUGCUGGGCGCUCUCUUACCUCACGGAUGGCUCGAACGACAAGAUACAAGCAGUAUUGGACACUGGCAUUAUACCUAAACUCGUGCAGCUGCUCAUGUCGGAGGACGGAACCAUCCUUACCCCAGCGUUGCGUACAGUUGGAAACAUAGUAACGGGUGACGAUGCUCAAACAGACACUAUAAUCGCUGCGGGAGGACUGCCGCAUCUGGGUGCACUGCUGCGGCACAAUCGCCCUAACAUUGUGAAGGAAGCUGCUUGGGCAAUCAGCAAUAUCACAGCUGGUAACACAAGGCAGAUCCAAAGCGUGAUAAGUGCUAACUUGUUACCGUCGUUGGUAGAGGUGUUACAGUUCGGUGAUUAUAAAGCGCAAAAGGAAGCUGCAUGGGCCGUAACCAACUUGACAUCAGGUGGAACAAUUCAACAGCUGAUUGAACUAGUUAACGCAGGUGUAUUACAACCUUUCUGUAAUUUAUUGGACGCGAAAGAUUGGAAUACCAUCACUGUCGUCUUGGAUGGUAUAACGAACAUUUUGCACGCUGCCGAUAAAAUGGGACAAAUGGACCAAGUUGCCAUUAUGAUCGAAGAAGCUGGAGGAUUAGAUAAAUUAGAAGCUCUCCAACAGCACGAGAACGAGCAAAUUUAUCAAAAAUCUGUGGCCAUGAUCGACACGUUCUUCUCUGGAGAGGAGGCCGAGACUCUUACUUCCGAGGUUAAGGAAAAUGCUGAUGGGCAAGUAGAAUUUAAUGUAAAAGAGGAUGAAUCAACAAAUAAAUUCAAUUUUUAGAGUACAUCUUCUCACACGUUGAGAUCGAGGUAUUACAAGUUAAAGAGUUUAUAAAGCGCGACGUAAGUUUGGAAUUGUCACGUUGUAUACACAAUUCCUUUCAUGUAGUAAUGUAGAGGAUGUUACGCUUCACAAUUUAUUGAACCAAUUUGUCUCGUAAAAGUAUUUUUCUCGCUAUUGCGUUGCUCAAAAGUAUUAUUGCGAUCUAAUUUAUCAUGAUUUAUUUUGUGCAUCAAUCCUCGAUUGUAACCAUUCAUGACAGCCUGUAGACACUUUUGUGGACGUAUGUUUUUAGAUGUAGAUUAUUAAAAGACUUAUAUUAAUUUUGCAAGUAGGGAAAGAUUUUGAUACAAAUUAUUUGACUUUUAAAAUAAAAGGGCGUUUUAUAAUAUUCAUAAUCGAGUUCAACUUUUCUUCUACUUAUUUUCGUGAAAAAAGAAGGUAAUGCAUAUAUAUUCUUACUGCUUUUUUGUUUCUUAUAGAGGAUUCCAUAAAUCUCGAUUGUUCUCUAACUCUAAGAUUUAUUUUUACUAUUUCCAUCAAGUAAUUUACAAAUAAUUAUCAAUAAAACUUUAAAAAAUUUGCAUAAUCAGUUGAAAUUAACCUGUCUGUUAUAUUUCAUUAUGUUGCAUAUUACAAAAGAAGUACAAAA